UCCCAGCCCCCGGACGCGGCGCAGGAGGCCCCGCACGGCACCCGGGGCCGCCCCCUGCGCGCCCCGUCGGGGCGGCGGUGCCGGGGAGAUGGCGGGGCGGCGGCGGGCGCUGCCGCGGCUGCUGCUGCGCUGCCUCCUGCUGGGGCUGCUGGGCGGCGGCGGCGGGGGCCAGCCCGGCGGCGGCGAGUACUGCCACGGCUGGGUGGACGGGCAGGGGGGCUACCACGAGGGCUUCCAGUGCCCCGAGGGCUUCGACACGGCGGCCGCCACCAUCUGCUGCGGCUCCUGCGCCCUGCGCUACUGCUGCGCCGCCGCCGAGGCUCGCCUGGAGCAGGGCGGCUGCACCAACGACCGGGAACCCUCGGAGCCGGGAGUCACCGCCCAACCAAUCUACGUUCCAUUCCUCAUUGUUGGAUCAAUAUUUAUUGCCUUCAUUAUCGUGGGCUCGCUGGUAGCAGUUUAUUGUUGCACAUGUUUAAGACCUAAACAACCGUCACAGCCAAUCCGCUUUUCUCUGCGGAGCUAUCAGACCGAGACUCUUCCCAUGAUCUUGGCCUCCACAAGCUUCAGGACCCCGUCCAGGCAGUCCAGCACCGCGACAAGUUCCAGUUCCACCAGCAGCUCGGUGCGCAGGUUCUCCUUCCCCCGGGCAGAGCCAGGCUGCCUUGUGGCGUCCUCACCUCCCCCGUACACAUCCGGCUGCUUCCAGACAGCCCACACAGUCCACCUGAGCCAGCCGUCGGGAUUUCUGGUGUCUCCGCCAUACUUUGGGUAUCCUCUCCAGCCAGAGCCUGCCCUGGUUGGGAAGAGCUGCUCUGAUUUUACUCAGAGCUGAAAGAACUCGUGAAGAAGCAAUGCAGCCUUUGCAACCACAGGGACUGCUGCUGUUGGGUGUCACACUGAUGUGCUCUGUGGCUGCAGAAGCCAGAACUGUUCCUGUGGGUGAGUUGCCCUUGAAAAGUGAGGGGUCUCACUUGAGACUGCAUUUCCCAAACUUGGAUCACGCUCACAAAGGAAUUGUAAAACACUCCAAACAGUUGCUCUAAAACUGGAUUGCUCUGCCUAAUUUGUGCAGAAUGUGUUCAGAGACAAGUAAAACAACCAUUUUGGGACGAAGGUACUCAGUGUUAUAAAUGAUAUUUUACCCUAAUGCAGUUAACUCAGUUAACAAACAGUGGCUGCUUUCCACUGAUAAUAAUCAGACAAGUUCUAUAAAGCACCAAUAAGCCUGAGAAGUAAGGGAGGAGUAAUACUUACUAAAGAGGAUCCUUGAAAACAUCUGACUGCUUACCACUUCCAUAAGCAAUGAAAGUAAGAGGAAGAAUUUUAUUAGAUAUCAAAAUUCAAGGUUUUUUAAAAAUACCCAUAAUCUACCUGAACUUACACUGCAUAUUUGUAUUAGUGACUUUAACGAUGGUAGAUAAAACUAGUGGUAAUUAGGCUAGUUGAAGAUCAGACAGUCUCACAAAGCCAAGUUAUCUAUGAGGAAAGCAGAAUGUAUUCAGCAACAUCACCAAUAACUUCUCCACAUAAAAUUCUAAAAAUAGCACUCUACUAAAGCAUUUUUCAGAAGGAAGUAUUUAUUGUCAGCUUUUUGCUCACCAAGUAUAAGUUGGACAAACUGAUAAUGAAGUUCUGUUUGUAAAAUUAGCCAUGUAUAAAAUGUAAAGACAAGUUUGUAAUUUAAAAUGCAUUUACACCAUUGACAUCACUAAUUAUUUAGUAGUGACACGCAAAAAAAUUACCAAUAAACUAUGUGACUGAAAUGUUGUGUCAUCAGUAUGACUCUGUACAGGUAGUGUUUGUUGAAUUUGGUUGGUGUAACUCUUGCAUUUUUUUUCCUGUUAAAAUAGUUUAUUCUGCUUUUUGAAAUUUACAACUUUAUUAUUUACAACUUUAACUGCACCUGCUGUGCAGAUUUAAUAUAAUACAAAUUCUGACUAUAUAGCAGACUAAUAGAUUCAUUUAUGUUUUUUACAUGCAGCUGCAGUGAAAAAGUGUUGAAAACGACACUGAUUAGUUGGGUAUUUUAGAUUAAACAUCCUGCACUAGGAAUAAAUUCUGUUUGCCCUUCUACAUUCCUUCACCUAAGUAAACCAACAAACCAAAUGGAAGGAGAAAAAAAAGCAUCUAAACCAAAUACAUGCUGUAAGCAAAUGGAAAAUACACAAGUAAAAAAAUGCAGUCAUUAAAGGGCUUCUCUGUAUACUUGUUUUUUGUGAAAAACUGAAGUCAUUCUGUGGGUCAGAAUCUACAAUAUCAGAGGCUGAGCUUUCCUAUUUUAUCAGCCUCAAACUCCCUGUGUGUAGGAUCUGUUGAAGUACAUUAUAGCUGACCUAUUUAACAAGUAGUUUAGAAAAGUUUCAUUGGUUCUUUCUCAAGAGUUGAAUAAUUUUUUCCUAGCAAAUAUCUAGUGAUCAGUAGUUAUGACAAAAAUUUUUCAAAAUAACCCUUUUAAUAAGUUUUUUACUGAACAAGUAACUUUUAUAAUCCAGCCAACAUUACUGCUAGAAAUGCAAAACGACAAGUUCUCUACAGUGAUUUUUUAAUUAAUAGGCUCUAGCUUGAAUGCUGUAAUCGUUAAUUACAACACAAAUCAUAAUAUACAGUUGUGUGUAUAUUUUGUAAGAUACUAAAAAUUAGAUUUUAAGUAUUCAAGAAAUGAAUUGAAAGUUAAGUGUUCUGGCCUGUAAUUUUAUUGUAGAAACAAUCUUCAAGGAAGAAAAUUUUUGCUUGCCUUUGAUGAGGUUUCAUAGGACUCUUCACUACGUAUUUUGAAUGGCUAUGAAUGGGACUGUUCAAGUAACUUUCUUGAAAAAUCAUUGAAUAUUUAAAGAUGUAUCAGCUGUCUUGUUCAGAAGCAUACUGUGAGAUGUACUGAUCACUCCUGUAUACAGCAGAAACAGCAAACCAACCCAAAUGUAUUUUUUUACAAAUUAUAGUUACUCUCCAAUUAGAAGAAAUCUUUAUGUAGUAAACCAAAGCUACACACACCCAUUCUGGAAGCAGAAACUUGAUCACUUUUAGCUAAGAAGGGGCAAUUUAGGUACCUUUGAAGAGCGAUUUGUCCUCAGAGCCACUGACACAGGUGGUGAGUGGCUGAAAUUCAGUGUUUUCCUCAAAGAAAGACUCUGCACAGCAAAAUUGUGAGCUCGGCUCAGUCACUCCCUGUUACCAUUUGGUGCUGUACAGGCCAGGCUGCUGCAGUGUGACGGUCUCAGAGGGCUCUGCAGUCAGUUAUCCAUGUUUUAACAGAGGGACAGAUUUUUUCUACACUUGCAUACGUCCUUUAAUGACUAUUCAGUUUGCCAUGUAGCAAAAAACUCAGUCUAGCAGGGAAGACCCCUCUGAGCCACUUCCUUUCUUCCCCUGAUGCUGCAUAAUGGGUUAGUCUGCAUAGAAUGGUUGAAGAACUUGACACACAGGAAUAAUUUCAUUGAAUCAGAUAAGCCUGUAAGUUUACAGAGUGCUAAGUACUUCACAGAUCAGCAGCCAGACUGCAACAAGUCCUGCAGAUGUGGCUCUUAGGGUGGGAAAGAUCAGUUGUACUGAAAAUAGCUGUACUGUGCUACCUGUAAAACAGUUGAGGUGGGGAUUAUGCACCAUCUGCAAACAAAGAAGAAACUAUAAAUAAAUAAAAAAAAUCUAUUAUUGUUCAUGUAGUUACAGUAGCAGUGACCCAUAUAGCUGAAGGGAGAGGAAAGGAGGUGGCCACAACAAAACCCAUGGAUAGAAACAACUCUGCCUGUGCCAGUAGUUUCUGACCCAGAUGGAUUUGCUGUGCAGGCGAGAAUGCUGAAUUUUCUUCCUAAUGGAAAGAGCCUUUUGGCACUAGAUCCUCCUAUGAUUUAUAGGAACAGGAAAUUUUCCUAAAACUUGCAGACAGAACAGAAAUGACAUUGUGAUAGCACUUUAAUGACUAAUGGAAUGUUUGAAGGGCUGGAUGUAUGCUUGAACUGAAAGCAAUUGCUAACUAUCAGAAGUAACAUUUACAGGCAGUACUUUCUUUACUGCCAUGUUAACAAAGUAGAUUUAACUAUUUCUUUUGGAAUUCUGAAUGCAGUUCAUAUUCCUUUUUACUAGCACUACAACAAUCUAAAAUCAAAAUGAAAGAAUAUUCACACUCAUUAAAUUGAUUACUGUCAUUCACACAUGAUGCAACAAAUGCUUUGAUUGCCAUUAACUGGUAAUGACUUAGAUGAAACCCAAGCCUUCUGUGGGUAAUGAGCAACAGUAGCAUGCCCUUUGUGUUUCCACAAUUUGGGAUUCUGAAGUGUGUAUCUCCAAAAUGCAUCAAGACUUUCCAGUGCUAGAAAAAACAUUACAAGUACUUGCAAGAAUGUCUGCAGGAUUCUGUUUGAAACUAGGUAAGCAGUACAGUAUGUGGCUAUGUAAACUCACGGAUUAUUUGUAAUACUAAUCUCACUGGAAUAAAAAAAAAGUGACAAUUUUGAAAGUAUUUUGUCAUUACUGCUCAGUUAUAGCUUGACAUAAGGAUAGUAAGGAACAUUAAGGAAUAUUAAGGAGUUGAAGUUGGUUUUCAGUGCUGUUUUGCUGCCUAUUGCAAUGUGCUGUCUGGACUUGAACUCCUCUGAACAAUGAGUCUGCUUUUGAGGGAGCCACUGCCCCACAAUAUCACAUAAAAUUUUUGACUCACAGUUACACCAAGGCUAUAAUUCCAUGCUCUCCUGUUUUCAUUAGCAAAGGCAGACAAGGAAAUGCCUUUCUGUUCUUUUUAUUCUUUCCAUCUAUGGCUUGUGCAAAUUCAGGAGGCUGUACUGUACAUCAGGUUACUGAAAUGAUUUUAGCUUAAAAAUAAGGUAGGAAGGGAAAGGAUGUGAGAGGGAGCCUGAAUCAUUAUAAACCGGAUUACAAAAUUAAUAAUUUCAAUGGCCCAUGACUACCAGUAUAAUAGAGAUGGUAAAAUAUUAUGAGGUGGAAUAUCUUAAACCAGAUCUGCUACUAGAGACUGGAUCUUGUGAAACUAGCACCAUCUAAGAUGCUUGGACAAAAUACAAAAUAAAUUCAUUGUCUAGUGUAUAUAUAUAAAAAUCAGUCAUCCAGCUACUACCAAAACUCAGUUAAGGUUUGGAUAUAUUGAUUUUUUUCAGUGGUGGGCUCUGUUAGAGGAAAGAAUUACCAGCUACAUUCAAAGCCAAAGGAUACAGUAUUUACCACUGUUGUCUGAAAAGGGAGGUGAUGUUUCCUUACUCCUAACUGUUACCAUUCUUGUACUACGUACUUCUCUUUCAAAAUAGGGUAUCACCACCAGAGUAUGUUAGGGCUUGGCUGGAAGUCACUAACUUGCAGACUCCUGUGCUCCUUGGUGUUUUUCAGUUGUGGUUUAAAUUUUUUUUAAAUUUUUUUUUUGGUAGGGUUUUUUUUUUUUAAACUUUUCUAGACUUCACAUGAGAACUAAAAAAGACAUCUCCAAUAGGUGUUAAAAAAAAAACCCAAACCAACCCCAACAAACCUUAAACCAAUUUUCUACUUUUUCAGUUUACCUUAAAAAAUGCAAGAACUCAAUGAUAUUUGUGAACUAAUAUUUCUGGUAUGUCUCAUUAAAGAAUUCAAAUCCAAGAAUGAUGAGAUAUGUUUUCCUCUGAAAGUAAUCCCUAGCUUUUCCAACCAAUAAAGUCAACAAAGCUUCUUAAUUUAAUGGCAAAGUUUAUUCAUUUUUUAACAAUUAAAUGACAAAACAUUUAAAAUUUGCAGUUCAAAACAUGCACAUUCACCAAAUGCCAAAUGACAUUUAACACUGCAUAGAACUGAAUGUGUUACUAAAAGAACUAUUUAAAAAACACAGUGCAUUUAACAUCCAGUUAAAACUAAACCUGAGAACUACCAUAAACACCGAGUCAAAAAAUCUUCAUUCAUGCAGCUUCAUAAUUUCCACAACAGUUUCAGCAGUAAUGGCUUAGUGGAGCUGUAAAACCUCAUUUCAUCUUGAAUGCAAAUUUUGCUGUUUCAGACUGACCGCUUUCUGCAGCGGUUAAUACAUAUCAAACACUGAAAAUCGUUAUGAAAAAUUAUGUUGAAGUAGAAAAACAAUAUUAAUGCAUUUAUGGCUUCUACGUUACAUAAAAAAACCCCACCAUAAAAUAUGACUUUAAAAAAAAAAAAAAAACAAAAACUUGUUCUGGUCACAGCUUUGCAAUUA